AUGUAUAGCAUUGGUGAAGCUGAUGAGAAUCCUAUUUAUCCUGUUGUUGGGAAAUCUGUGAUCAUCAGCAUACCUGUUGAAGCUGGUGAUUCAAAAGAUAAAGUGUUGGUGUUUUUCAAGCUGCGGCCCGAAGUCAUUACAGAAGAUAAUCUUCAUAGUAAUAUUUUUGUAUCAUCUAUGUUAGAUUCACCUAUUACUACCCUUUAUCAAGCAGUACGGCAGGUAUUUGCACCAGUAUUACUAAAGGAUGAGAAAUGGAGUAAGGAAUUUGAUCCCAAACUCCAAAAACUUCUUAGCGAGCUGGAGGCUGGUUUGGGCACUGUUCUCAGAAGAUCAGAUCCUCGUUAUCAGGGAACAAAAUUCAGUGAAGAUGAUGUAAGAGCAAUACUUACACCAAGUGAUGAAUUUCAGUUCUGGAUUGAGCGUGCUCAUCGUGGAAGUAAACUGUGUAGCAAAGAGAGAGCUUCUCAUUUUAGAGACCUGUUUGAAACAAUUGCAAAAGAUUAUUACAACUUGGAUAGUCUCUCUCUAUAUGAAGCUGUCGAUUUAGUGGAGACUACCCGGGAUACUGUUGAUGAUGUAUGGAGACAAACAGAAUAUGACCCUUAUCCACAGCCCCGAAUGCAAAACCUUUUGGAUGUCAUAGGUGGCUCUCUUGGUAGGUUUGUUCAGAAAAAAUUGGGAACUGUACAUCUGUGGGAGGAUGCUUUUAAUGUUGUUAAAGAAAAUCUGAAAACUGGCAUCAUGAUUUGUGAACAGUGGGUAGCAGCCUGUCACCAUUUAACUGGACAACUGUGGCAACAUUAUGCUCCACAUCCAUGGAAAAAUGAGAAGUUUUCUCCAGAAGCAUUAGAUAAACUCCAGAAACGUCUUGAUGAGGUACUAACUAUUCGAACACUUUAUGAAAAACUGACACAUUUUUUACCAACUGGGGAACAAAAAGCAUUAUUGCACCUUGCCCAGGUUUUUGAGCCCUUUGCUGGUCUCAAUCCUGUACACUAUAACCCCUACACAGAGCCUUUAUGGAAAGCUGCCGUGUCUCAGUAUGAAAGAAUUAUUGCACCAGCAGAACAAAAAAUAGCAAGCAAAUUGAAAGCAUUUAUUUCAGAUAUUCAAGACAGCCCACAACAGCUUCUUCAAGCAUUUCAGAAGUAUAAGGAGUUAGUGAAACGCCCAAGCAUUAGCAAAGAAUUACUUUUUGAAAGGGAAACAUUGCUAGCAAGACUUCAAGACUCUAUCAAAGAUUUUUGCACAGACUUUGAAGCUCGAUGCCAUGGUGUUCCUGGUGACAUUUCUGGGCCACUUUCAGGCAAAAAUCUCUCUGAAGUUGUCAAUAACAUUGUUUGGGUCCGGCAGUUAGAACUAAAGGUGAAUGAUGCUAUCAGGAUCUCAGAAGCUCUUCUGUCUGACUUGUCUGGAUUUCGAUCUUUUCGAAGAAAUGCAGAUAAUCUUUUAGAACAGCUUAAAUUAUAUGAACAAGAUCAAUUUGACGAUUGGUCCAGGGACAUUCAGACAACAUUGUCAGAUCCCAGGUCGGGACUGUGCAUACAAGCUAGCAGUCCUGUUAUGGAACUGGAUCAUUCUGAUGGAUCACUAAAAAUACAUUAUUCUGAUCGUUUAGUGACUCUCCUAAGAGAAGUUCGUCAGCUGGCAGCACUUGGUUUUGUUAUUCCUGCUAAAAUACAGCAAGUUGCAAACACUGCACAAAAAUUCUGCAAACAAGCAGUUAUCCUUAAGCAGGUGGCACAUUUUUACAAUUCUAUUGAUCAACAAAUGAUUCAGAGUCAGAAGCCAAUGAUGUUACAGUCUGCUUUAGCAUUUGAACAGAUAAUUAAGCAUUCAAAAGUUGGUUCUGGGGAAAAGACUCAGAUAACUUGGGAUAAUCCCAAAGAAUUAGAAGCAUAUAUCCAAAAACUCCAAACUGCUGCUGAACGGCUUUCCACUGAAAACAGAAAACUAAGGAAGUGGCACACUAGCUUUAUUGAAAAAGUUAUUGCUCUGAUGAAUAUCGAUCUACUUCGGCAUCAGCAGCAUUGGAAGGAUGGACUACAGGAACUCAGAAGUGGGUUCACCAGUGCUGAGAUGCAGGGUGUUCGUUCAUGUGACAUGAAAGCAUGGAGACAACACUGGAAUCAUCAACUCUACAAAGCCCUGGAGCAUCAAUAUCAAAUGGGUUUAGAGGCACUCAAUGAGAAUCUAACAGAAAUCAAUAUUGAUUUAACUUUCAAACAAGGAAGAUUGCAAUUCAGACCUCCUUUUGAAGAAGUACGAGCUAGAUACUACAGAGAAAUGAAGAGAUUCAUCUCCAUUCCAAACCAGUUUAGGGGAGUGAGUGAAACAGAAGAAGAAUCUAUCUUUGCUGUUAUGACUGAGAGGAAUGCAAGUGGAUUUCUGACCACUUUCAGUAAAGCAGAGGAUUUGUUCAGAAGAUUGGGAGAAGUUUCAAAUCAAUUUAAGGAAUGGGUUGUAUUUGGACAAGUAGAUAUGGAAAUUCUGGUGGAAAAGCAUCUUUCUAGUGAACAGGACUGGGAAAAAAACUUUAAAGCAUUAAAAGUAAGAGGCAAAGAAGCAGAACGCCUUCCAAGCACCAUCAAGAUAGACUGCUUAAUUGUUAAUUGUAACCCUGUGAAGACAGCGAUUGAUGAUUUUAUCCAGAAGUUGUAUGAUGUUCUUGUCCUUUCUUUGAGAAAGUCCAUACAAGCUCAUCUACAUGAUGUUUCGUCAUUUCUAACUGAUGCAAUGGAAGCAUUGAUAGUUAGGCCCCAUAGUGUAGAGGAGCUAGCAGAAGAUAAUUUAAAGUAUAAACAAUUGCAAGAAAAAAAGGAAGAGAUUUUUCUCAGGUUUCAAGAAGCUGAAGGUAAAAACAAGCUUUUGCGGACAGUGGCUGGUGGGGGUUUAGAUACAAUGAGCAACCUGAGAGCUACAUGGGAUAAGUUUGAAUUAAUGAUGGAAAGUCACCAACUCAUGAUUAAAGACCAGAUUGAAGUGAUGAAAGGAGAUGUGAUGGCCCAUGUUAAUGUAUAUCUUCAAGAACUGGAAAAGUUUAAAGCUCGUUGGGAUCAGUUAAAACCUAGUGAUGAUGUCAUUGAAACAGGCCAUCGGGAUAUGCUUGAGAAAAGUGCUCAGAUAAUAAAAGAAAAAAAAACUGAAUUUGAUGAACUUGAAGUCACAAAGAACAAAUUGAUUGAGGAUUGCCAUCAUUUUGAAAUAGAAGAGCCGGAUUUCUCCUUGGCAAAAACUGUAUGCAAGGAUAUUGAAAGCUGCGCAGAAGUAUGGACACUUUAUGAAGAGUUUCAUCAAGGUUUUCAGGAAAAAGCCAAGGAAGACUGGAUUACUUUUAGGAGUAAAACUUAUUUGUUUGAAGAAUUUUUGUUUAACUGGCACAACAAGCUGAGGAAGAUGGAAGAACACACUAUCAUGACUGUGAAGUUGCAAAAAGAAGUGGACAAAUACAAAAUGACACUUCCUGUCCUGAAAUAUGUUAGAGGAGAACACCUUUCUCCAGAUCACUGGCUGGAUCUCUUUCGUCUUCUUGGUCUUCCUAGAGGCACUAGCCUAGAGAAUUUGUUAUUUGGAGAUCUGCUCAAAGUAGCAGAUGUAAUUGUAGAAAAAGCAGCAGAGCUUAAGGAUUUAAACAGUCGAGCACAAGGUGAAGUCACAAUCAGAGAAGCAUUACGUGAGCUGGAACUCUGGGGAGUUGGAGCUGUCUUUUCAUUAACAGACUAUGAAGACAGUCAGGGUAGAACUGUCGUGCUGAUUAAAGACUGGAAAGACAUAGUCAACCAAGUUGGAGAUAAUCGCUGUCUUCUUCAGUCCCUCAAAGACUCUCCUUAUUACAAAGGCUUUGAGGAUAAAGUGUCUAUUUGGGAAAAAAAACUUGCUGAAUUGGAUGAGUACCUGCAGAAUUUAAACCAGAUUCAAAGGAAGUGGGUGUAUUUGGAACCCAUAUUUGGUCGUGGAGCUCUGCCCAAAGAACAAGCACGCUUUAACAGAGUUGAUGAAGACUUUAGAUCAAUUAUGUUAGAUAUCAAGAGAGACAAUAGGAUAACAUCACUCAAUGCUCGGGCAGGAAUAAGGAAUACUUUGAUGACCAUACUUGAUCAGCUUCAGAGAUGUCAAAAAUCCUUGAAUGAAUUUCUGGAGGAAAAGCGUUCAGCAUUCCCUAGGUUCUAUUUUAUUGGAGAUGAUGAUUUAUUAGAAAUCUUGGGACAAUCUACUAAUCCUUUGGUUAUUCAGUCUCACCUUAAGAAACUUUUUGCUGGCAUCAACAGUGUGAACUUUGAUGAAGAAUUUAAACACAUCAUUGCAAUGAAAUCUUUAGAGGGAGAAAUAGUGCCCCUUAAAAAUAAAAUUCUUCUGUCAAAUGAUGUUGAGGUUUGGCUAAACAAUUUGGCUUUGGAGAUGAAGUAAAAGUUGAAGCAAUUAUUGUUUGACUGUAUUCUUUCCUUGGCAGAACAAAUUCAGUUCACUGAAGAUGUUGAAAAUGCCAUUAAAGAGCACAAUCUACAGCAGAUAGAGUUAGAACUCAUGGCUAAACUGGAGCAUUAUACCAGUAUAGAUACAAGUAUGGAAGACCCAGGAAGUGGAGAAUCUGGAAUCCUUGAACUAAAGCUUAAAGCUCUGAUUCUUGAUAUUAUUCAUAACCUUGAUGUGGUGAAGCAGCUAAAUGAAGUUCAGGUUCAUAGUGUUGAUGACUGGGCUUGGAAAAAGCAACUCAGAUUCUAUAUGAAAGACAAGAAAUGCUAUGUUCAAAUGGUGGAUGCUGAACUGCAGUACACAUAUGAAUAUCAGGGAAAUUCUCCAAAACUUGUUUAUACACCUCUGACAGAUAAGUGCUAUUUAACUCUUACCCAAGCUAUGAAGAUAGGCCUUGGAGGAAAUCCCUAUGGCCCAGCUGGAACUGGAAAAACAGAAUCAGUAAAGGCCUUGGGAGGACUUCUUGGAAGACAAGUUUUAAUCUUUAAUUGUGAUGAGGGCAUUGAUGUGAAGUCGAUGGGCCGUAUAUUUGUUGGUUUGGUGAAGUGUGGUGCUUGGGGAUGUUUUGAUGAGUUCAAUAGAUUGGAGGAGGCAGUAUUGUCUGCAGUAUCCAUGCAGAUUCAGACAAUUCAGCAUGCACUGAAAAAACAUAGUCCUGUGUGUGAACUGCUUGGCAAAGAGGUUGAAAUGGAUCAUAAUUCUGGAAUUUUUAUCACUAUGAAUCCUGCUGGAAAAGGUUAUGGAGGAAGACAGAAACUACCAGAUAACCUCAAACAACUUUUUAGGCCUGUUGCUAUGACUCGUCCAGACAAUGAACUCAUUGCAGAAGUAAUUCUGUAUUCGGAAGGUUUUAAAGAUGCUAAAACACUUGGCAGAAAAUUAGUGGCUAUUUUUAAUUUAGCCAGGGAACUUCUAACACCCCAACAGCACUAUGAUUGGGGUUUAAGAGCACUGAAGACUGCUUUGAGGGGAUGUGGUAAUCUCCUUCAUCACCUGAAGAGGAAUGGGAUAAAGGAAAUAAUUAAUGAAAGCCAUAUUGUGGUCCAGGCUUUGCGGCUCAAUACCAUGUCGAAGCUUACAUUUGCAGACUGUGCACGGUUUGAUGCAUUAGUUAAAGAUGUCUUCCCUGGCAUUGACUUUAAGGAUGUGGAAUAUGCUGAACUGGCCACAGGUUUGCAACAAGUCUUUAAAGAAGCCAAUAUGGAAAUCAUAAACACCCAGAUCAAGAAGGCCUUGGAAUUAUAUGAACAGCUGCGUCAGAGAAUGGGGGUGGUUAUUGUAGGUCCAAGUGGUGCAGGCAAAUCAACUCUUUGGAGAAUGUUAAGGUCAGCACUUGGUAAAAUUGGCAAAGUUGUGAAACAGUAUACCAUGAAUCCCAAAGCCAUGCCUCGGCAUCAGUUACUAGGCCACAUUGACAUGGAUACCAGGGAGUGGUCUGAUGGUGUGCUUACAAACAGUGCUCGACAAGUGGUACGAGAACCACAAGAUAUUAAUUCAUGGAUAAUCUGUGAUGGUGACAUUGACCCUGAGUGGAUUGAGUCUUUGAAUUCUGUUCUGGAUGACAAUCGAUUAUUGACUAUGCCCAGUGGAGAAAGAAUUCAAUUUGGUCCAAAUGUUAAUUUUAUAUUUGAAACUCAUGAUCUGAGCUGUGCCUCUCCUGCCACAAUAUCUCGAAUGGGAAUGAUCUUUCUUAGCGAUGAAGAUACAGAUCUUCAUUCUCUCUUGAAGUCUUGGUUAAGAAACCAGCCUGAAGAAUGCAGACAUAAUCUUGAAAACUGGAUCGGGGACUAUUUUGAAAAGGCUUUAAACUGGGUUCUAAAACAGAAUGACUAUGUGGUAGAAACCAGUCUAGUUGGAACGGUGAUGAAUGGGUUGUCUCAUCUCCAUGGAUGCACUGAUCGUGGACAAUUUAUAAUUAGCUUGAUGAGGGGCCUUGGUGGAAAUCUCAACAUGAAAUCACGGCAGGAAUUUACAAAAGAGAUUUUUAAUUGGGCACGAGAAUCUCCUCCAGAUCCCAGGAAACCACUAGACACAUAUUAUGACCCUGACACUGGACACUUAAUGACAUAUCAGCUGAAAAAACCUGAAAAUUUGAUUGCUGAUGACUUCAGUAAUCUCCAAACGCUUCCUGUUAUUCAAACCCCUGACAUGCAGAGAAGUUUAGAUUACUUUAGACCCUGGCUAAACUUUGACAAUAAGCAGCCAUUUCUUCUUGUUGGUCCUGAAGGUUGCGGAAAGGGAAUGCUACUUCGUUAUGCCUUUUCUCAACUCCGGUCCACCCAGAUUGCUACGGUUCACUGCAGUGCACAAACUACCUCUCAACAUCUCCUGCAGAAACUAAGUCAGACUUGCAUGGUAAUCAGUACAAAUACCGGUCGUGUAUACAGACCAAAAGACUGUGAAAGGCUGGUUUUGUACCUAAAGGAUAUCAACCUGCCCAAGCCUGAUAAAUGGGGAACUAGUACUCUUGUAUCUUUCCUGCAACAGGUUUUGACAUACCAGGGAUUUUAUGAUGAAAAUCUUGAAUGGGUUGGUUUAGAAAACAUCCAGAUUGUGGCUUCCAUGUCUGCUGGGGGAACAUUAGGAAGGCAUAAACUUACAUCCAGAUUUACAUCUAUUGUUCGUCUUUGUGCAAUUGACUAUCCGGAGAGAGACCAACUGCAAACAAUCUAUAGCGGAUAUUUAGAACCUGUGCUACACAAAAAUCUAAAAAAUCACUCCAUUUGGGGUUCCUUACCAAAAAUACAUCAGCUAGCAGGGUCUAUGGUUCAAGUAUAUGAACAGGUCCGAGCAAAAUUUACAGUUGAUGAUCACAGUCAUUACCUUUUCACACCAUGCAUUCUCACUCAGUGGGUUCUUGGUUUAUUCAGAUAUGAUUUAGCAGGAGGGUCAUCAACGUAUACAAUAGAUUAUGUAUUGGAAAUAGUUGCUUAUGAAGCCUGUCGCCUCUUCUGUGACAAAAUUGUUGGUGCAAAAGAACUCCAUGUGUUUGAUAAUAUUUUGAUGAAAGUAUUUCAAGGAGAUUGGGGCUCAGAUAUCCUGCACAAUAUGACAGAUAUCUUCUAUGUAACUUGGGGAGCUAGCUCUGAGGCAUUCAUAGCACCAGGGACAACAUUACCUCCACAUGGAAGGCCACUUGGCAGACUAAACUCAGCAGACCUAAAAAAUGUUAUAAAAAAGGGAAUCAUUCAUUAUGGACGAGAUAACAAGGAGAUAGAGAUUUUACUUUUCUCAGAAGUCCUUGAAUAUAUGUCUAGGAUUGACAGAGUACUGAGCUUUCCUGGAGGAUCACUUCUUUUAGCAGGACGAAGCGGUGUGGGUCGUCGGACUGCUACCUCAUUAGUCAGUCACAUGCAUGGAGCGGUUCUGAUUACUCCAAAGAUUUCCAGAGGUUAUGAAGUGAAACAACUUAAAAAUGAUCUUAAACAUGUGAUGGAGCUCGCUGGCAUUGAGGCACAGCAGGUAGUAUUGCUGUUGGAGGACUAUCAAUUUGUCCAUUCCACAUUCCUUGAGAUGAUCAACAGUCUGUUAUCUUCAGGCGAGAUUCCUGGAUUGUACACAAUUGAAGAAUUAGAACCACUACUGUCUCCUCUGAAAGACCAAGCUUCACAAGAUGGAUUUACAGGACCAAUUUUCAACUAUUUUACAUAUAGGAUCCAACAAAACCUGCAUGUUGUCUUAAUUAUGGAUUCCUCUAAUUUAAACUUCACAAUAAACUGUGAAAGUAAUCCAGCUCUACAUAAGAAAUGUCAGGUGCUAUGGAUGGAAAGCUGGUCCGAAAGCAGUAUGAAGAAAAUACCUGAAAUGUUGUUUACUGAUUCAGAUGAGCAACAAAAGACUGACAGAGCACACACAGAACCCAAGAAAAUAUAUUCUGGUGAUUCUGAUUUUUUUAAGUCAUUUUUGCCAAUCCAUGAGUCAUGCAAAACAUAUGGAGCAACUCCUAGCAGAUAUAUGACUUUUCUACGUAUGUAUAGUACCAUCAAUAGCAGCAAAAGAGCAGAGUUGAUAAAAAGGCAAAACCAUUUGCAGGCAGGAGUGUCUAAACUGAAUGAGGCCAAAGCCCUUGUCGAUGAACUAAACAGAAAAGCUGGAGAACAAAGUGUAUUGCUCAAAACUAAGCAAGAUGAGGCUGAUGCUGCCCUCCAGGAAAUAACAGUGUCUAUGCAGAAUGCAAGUGAGCAAAAAACGGAAAUGGAAAAAAUAAAGCACAAAAUAGCAGAAGAAGCUGCAGAAAUCGAAGAAAGGAAAAGACAAAUUGAUGAUGAACUAAAAGAGGUUCAGCCGCUGGUUAAUGAAGCUAAAUUGGCGGUUGGAAAUAUAAAGCCUGAGUCUUUGUCAGAAAUCCGGUCACUACGAGUACCCCCAGAUAUAAUCAGAGACAUACUAGAGGGUGUUUUACGACUAAUGGGGAUUUUUGAUACAUCAUGGGUAAGCAUGAAGAGUUUCCUUGCCAAAAGAGGAGUGAGAGAAGAUAUUGCAACCUUUGAUGCCCGUUACAUUCCAAAGGAAAUAAGAGAGAGCGUAGAAGAGCUCCUAUCCAAAAACAAGGCGUCUUUUGAUCCAAAGAAUGCUAAACGAGCCAGUGCUGCAGCUGCUCCAUUAGCAGCCUGGGUUAAGGCCAAUGUCCAGUAUUCCUAUGUCCUGGAACGAAUUCAACCUCUGGAAAAAGAACAGGCAGGAUUGCAGGCGAACCUAAAGAAAACUGAAGACAGAAAACAAAAACUGGAAGAUCUGCUUAACUCUGUUGGUCAGAAAGUAUCGGAACUGAAAGAUAAAUUCCAAAGUAGAACAACAGAAGCAGCCAAACUUGAAGCAGAACUAGCUAAAGCACAAAAAACACUAAAAGCUGCAGAAGUACUAAUUAAUCAGCUUGACAGGGAGCACAAGAGAUGGAACAUACAGGUUGCAGAGAUAACUGAUGAACUAAGUACUCUACCUAAAAGAGCUCAGUUGGCUGCUGCUUUUAUUACCUAUCUUUCUGCUGCUCCAGAGGAUCAACGAAAAGCCAGCCUGGAUGAAUGGACAAAAUCAGCUGGUCUUGAAAAAUUUGAUUUAAGGCGGUUCCUAUGUACGGAGAGUGAAGAACUAAUUUGGAAGAGUGAAGGUUUGCCCUCAGAUGAUCUUUCCAUAGAAAAUGCUCUUGUGAUUUUGCAGAGUCAGAUUUGUCCGUUUUUGAUAGAUCCUUCUUCCAGAGCUACAGAAUGGUUGAAGACGCACUUGAAAGAAUUACGUUUGGAAGUUAUUAAUCAGCAGGAUACAAACAUCAUUACUGUUCUUGAGCUAGCAGUGAGAUUUGGGAAAACACUCAUUAUACAGGAGAUGGAUGGAGUAGAACCUGUUCUUUAUCCACUGCUAAGAAAAGAUCUUGUUGCUCAAGGACCACGAUAUGCUGUACAAAUAGGGGACAAAAUGAUUGAUUAUAAUGAAGAAUUUCGUCUGUUUCUUUCAACACGAAAUCCAAACCCCUUAAUUCCACCUGAUGCAGCUUCUAUUGUUGCUGAAAUUAACUUUACUACAACGAGAAGUGGUUUAAGAGGACAGCUUUUAGCUUUAACUAUCCAGCAUGAAAAACCAGAUUUGGAAGAACAGAAGACAAAACUACUGCAACAUGAAGAGGAUAAGAAGAUACAGUUAGCUAAACUUGAGGAAUCCCUUUUGGAGACUCUUGCAACAUCACAAGGCAAUAUACUUGAAAAUAAGGAUCUAAUUGAAUCUUUGAAUCAGACUAAAGCAAGUAGUGCACUCAUCCAAGAGUCACUUUCUGAGUCUCACAGACUUCAGAGCUUCCUUGAUCAGGAGAGGGAUGCCUACCUUCCUCUAGCUGAGAGUGCCAGCAAGAUGUACUUUAUUAUCUCUGACUUGUCCAAAAUUAAUAAUAUGUACCGUUUUAGUUUGGCUGCCUUCCUACGGCUUUUCCAAAGGGCCUUGCAAAACAAACAGGAGUCAGAAAGUACUGAAGAAAGAAUCAAGUCUCUUAUUAGCUCCUUAACACACAUGGUGUAUGAAUAUGUCUGCCGCUGCUUGUUUAAGGCUGAUCAACUAAUGUUUGCUCUCCAUUUUGUACGAGGAAUGCACCCUGAACUUUUCCAAGAUAAUGAAUGGGAUACUUUCACUGGUGUAAUCAUUGGAGAUACUUUAAGAAAAUCAGAUUCACAAAGAAAUAUUCGUGACCAGAUUCCCUCUUGGAUAGAACAGGAACGAGCUUGGGCAGUAGCAUCUCUGAAGAUCUCAUUUCCAGCACUGUAUCAAACACUCAGCUUUGAAGAUGCAGAUCUGUGGCGAACUUUCUCUCAGAGCUCUGUAUGUGAACAAGAUUUCCCAACUUGUAUGGCAAAGAAAAUUUCCCUAUUUCAACAGGUCCUGGUGGUCCAGGCUGUCAGACCAGACCGACUUCAGAGCGCAAUGGCUCUUUUUGCAUGUAGAACCCUAGGAAUUAAAGAGUUAUCCCCACCCCCUCUGAAUCUGAAACGUCUAUACAAAGAAACAUUGGAAAUUGAGCCUAUUUUGAUCGUUAUUUCUCCUGGUGCUGAUCCUUCUCAAGAACUACAGGAACUUGCCAGUGUUGAAAGAAAUGCUGAAUGCUACCACCAGGUUGCCAUGGGUCAGGGCCAAGCUGAUUUAGCCAUUCAGACACUCAAGGAAUGCGCACGAAGUGGAGAAUGGCUGUGUUUGAAGAACUUGCAUCUUGUCGUAUCUUGGCUUCCUAAACUGGAAAAGGAACUGAAUAGUCUUCAACCCAAACCUGACUUCCGCCUUUGGCUAACUGCUGAAGUUCAUCCACAUUUUACUCCAAAUUUACUUCAGUCAAGUUUAAAGAUAGCAUAUGAGGCACCUCCAGGCUUAAAGAAGAAUUUAAUGCGAACCUAUGAAUCUUGGACUCCAGAGCAGAUUAGCAAAAAGGGAAAUUUGUCUCGAGCUCAUGCUCUGUUUAGUUUGGCCUGGUUUCAUGCUGUAUGUCAAGAAAGAAGGAAUUACAUCCCUCAGGGUUGGACCAAGUUUUAUGAAUUUUCUUUAUCUGAUCUCCGUGCAGGGUAUGACAUUAUUGACAGGCUCUUUGAUGGUGCCAAAAAUUUUCAGUGGGAGUUUGUGCAUGGUUUGUUUGAAAAUGCCAUUUAUGGAGGCCGCAUAGAUAAUUACUUUGAUAUGAGAGUCCUUCGGUCCUAUUUGGAACAGCUUUUCAAUUCCACCAUCAUUGGUGGUUUGCAUCUCAGGGGCAAGAAGAUGACCAGAUUCCCAUGUUCCAUCUCUCUACCCAAUUCUUGCAGCAUUUUGGAUUACCGUGAUACUAUUGAAAGCCUUCCAGAAGAUGAUAAACCUGAUUUUUUUGGCCUGCCUGCCAAUAUUGCACGCUCAUCUCAACGCAUGAUCAGUUCCCAGGUCAUUUCACAGCUUCGGAUCCUGAGCAGGUCAGUAACUGCUGGCUGCAAAUUUGAUAGAGAAAUCUGGUCAAGUGAGCUUUCUCCUGUUCUCAAUCUGUGGAAGAAACUUAAUCAGAAUUCCAACCUGAUUCAUCAGAAGGUGUCUCCUCCCACUGAGCGGCAAGGUUCACCAAUCUUAUCAUUCAUUAUUCUUGAACAAUACAAUGCCAUUCUCCUAGUACAAAGUGUCCAUCAGUCACUUGCAGCUCUCAGUAAAGUCAUCAGAGGUACCUCACUGUUGAGCUCUGAAGUACAAAGACUAGCAAGCGCUCUACUAAACCAAAAGUGUCCCCUCACAUGGCAGAACAAGUGGGAAGGUCCAGAAGAUCCUCUACAGUAUCUCAGAGGUCUUGUGUCUCGAGCACUUGCUAUCCAGAAUUGGGUAGAUAAAGCAGAAAAACAGACACUCCUGUCAGACACCUUGGACCUCUCAGAGCUCUUCCAUCCUGAUACAUUUCUUAAUGCUUUACGCCAAGAGACUGCAAGGGUAAUGGGCUUCUCAGUGGACAGCCUUAAAUUUACAGCAUCUUGGAAAGGUCGAAUCCAAGAAGCAAAACUUCAGGUUAAGAUCAGCGGCCUGCAACUGGAAGGUUGCAGUUUUGAUGGAAAUCGGCUUUCAGAAAAUCAGCAUGACUCUCCCAGCGUGUCAUCAGUGCUUCCUUGUUACAUGGCCUGGAUUGCGCAGGAUGCGUAUGGUCCAUAUUCUCCAGAGGAAUGCAUAUCCCUGCCAGUCUACACUAGUGCUGAAAGAGACCGGGUGAUGACAAAUAUUGAUGUCCCAUGUGGACAAAACCAAGACCAAUGGAUCCAAAGUGGAGCUGCAUUAUUUUUAAAAAAUCAGUAAGAUAUAACUGAAUUUGUUAUUUUAAUUUGUUCUUGCAGCUAAUAAUCUCUUAAAUAUCUGAACUGUUUAUUGUAAGAUAGUCAGGUUUUACUAUAUACAUAUCAUUAAUUCUAAAACAAUGCUACAUAAAUAUUUGUGUUUUAUAUACCAUAAAAUUGUAAAACAAAUGUAUUUGAAUUAGAAUAAACUGCUGUUUUGUGGGCUAGUAUAAGAAUUAACCACAAUGCUCCUGUACCAAACACACCAGAGGGCAAUUUCUCAGAUUCUGACAUGAUCUAUUGCCUAUUCUGAUUUUUUUGCAUUUUGUGUUUUGAUUAUUGCAAACCCAUAGAAGUUAAAUAUAAAUGCAAGUCAAAAUGUUUCCUCUGAUCUGUUUAUUAUAUUUGUGUUCUGUUUGUACUAUUAUAUUUUUUAUAAGACUACACUAAUUUAAUAAAAGUAGUC